AUGCCAGCUUCGGAGCCAGGGAGGCAGAGGGGUCGCGCCGCUGUCCUUGGGCUAUUCCUCACCGCCGCUCUUGUUGCGGCUGUCCAGAGUGCCUGCGAAAUUCCACCGCAUCUCUCAUCUGCAGAACUCAAAGAGCGAUACCGUGGCAUUACCACAUUUCCCCAUUCUUCAGUGGUAGAAUACACCUGUCGUCCAGGUUACAUGAGAAAUGUUCAUGCCCGAAAUGCCAUGGUUUGUGGAAGUAACAAUAACUGGCAGGGAUCAAGGGAGAUCUGUAUACCAAAGCUGUGCAUCUACCCUGGAGAGCCGGCCAACGGCAGACUCAUCCUAACAGGAAAGUUCAGCUUUGGUUCAGCAGUGACCUUCACCUGCAACACUGGGUACAGACUGGUUGGAAAUUCUCAAAUUCAAUGUGUGAUUAAGAAUGGGGCUGUUACGUGGGACAGAGAUAUUCCCAUCUGUGAGCCAAUACCAUGUUCACCCCCUCCAGAAAUAGCUAACGGAGAGCACAGCGGAGCUGACAAAGAGCUCUUUGAAUAUGGAGCAUCAGUCACUUACCGGUGCAACACUGUUAAAAGGGGAGAGACACCUUUCUCGCUGGUGGGAGACGCCUCUAUUUUCUGUACAACCACAGAUAACGUAAAUGGUGUCUGGAACAAGCCAGCCCCGGAGUGCAAAGUGGUUAACUGUGAGCAUCCGAGCGUGGACAAUGGGAAGCUGCUGAGCAGGUACCGGUCUGAGUACACCUACGGAGACACUGUCAUGUUCGACUGCAACUUCCGCUACACCAUGAACGGCAGCGAUGCAUCCACGUGCAAAGAAAACGGCUCUUGGGACCCUCCGCUGCCGCUGUGUCAGCUCAGUAGCUGUGACAACCCUCCAGAUGUGCCUAAUGCUAUGACAGUAAAACUUGCUGGCAAUUUGUUUCCUGUGGAUAGCGUCGUUACCUAUGAGUGCAACAAGGGCCACCAGUUCAGCUUCGGAGAAAACACGUGGCACAUUAAGUGUCUGCCAGAUUUUACGUGGUCUGAAACUCCACAGGCUUGCGAAAAAAUUCGUUGCCCAAAGCCAGACGUCAGGAAUGGAAAGCCCUUACAUGAAAGCCUUGCAUGGGAAGAAAAAGACAGUUACGUGUAUGGACACAGACUUGAAAUUACAUGUAAUGAUGGCUAUGCUUUCAAAGGUCAUAGCAAUAACCUCGUGCUUCGGUGUGCAAGUAAUGGUAGAUGGGAUCCAGAAGUACCGGAGUGCACUCCAGCAUCUUCAUUGGCGUUCUUUCUGAAAAUACAUGACAUUCUUUAUUUUCUGUUGUUUCUAGAACUUCGUUGCCCAAAGCCAGAUACCACUCAUGGAAGAGAGGUUUAUAAAAGCAAAAAUGACUACACAGUUGGGACCCAACUGAGGCUGGCGUGUGAUUCAGGCUAUGUCCUCAGGGGCCACGACGUGACUGAGUGUCAGGCUGAUGUGAGCUGGGCUCCCCCGUUACCAUUUUGUGAUAAAGUCUGUGACCACCCUCCACAAAUCACCAACGGGCAGCACUCUGGCUCGGGACGGGGGCAGUUCCCGUACGGCGCAGAGGUGACGUACAGCUGUGCGGAGGGUCUGUCCCUCAUUGGGGACGAGUCCAUCUACUGCACCUCCGACGAUGGGGUGAACCUGGCGUGGAGCGGCCCUGCCCCGCAGUGCAAGGUGGUUCGGUGCCCCAAGCCCACGGUCGAGAGAGGAAGGAUGACUCCGCCAUACGGGGCGGCCGUGCGGUUCUCCUGUGACGAAGGCUUCGUGCUGCACGGCGAUGCCGAGAGCCGGUGCCUGGCCGACGGCGCCUGGCACCCUGCCCUGCCCACCUGCCAGCCAGGACAGGAGGACCUAAGGAUUGACUUGUCUAGAUCACCGUACGAGGUGAAUGAAACUCUGUACUUCCACUGUAGAGGUGAUAUCACUCAAUCCAAAACUACCUGCUCAGCUAAUGGCACUUGGACACCUCCACUCACGUGUAAAAAGAAUACCGCAUGUGAGAAGAUUCUUCGAACCAGGGAGGCUUUCCAGUGUGGAGUUCCUCUGACAGAAUUGAAAACUCUGCUGGAAGUCCAGAAACUGUACCUGGAGAUCCAGAAACUUGAAAAGGAGCUAAAACCCAGAGCAUAUGACUGA